UGAACGUAUGACUUCAUAAUACAUGCAUCUUAUCAGAAAGGAAUAAGGAAAACUUGACGUCAACAACUUAUAAUAUCAAAUACAGAAGAACACAGUUUAUUUUCAAAAUGCAGUUUCAGUUAUUAUUGUUGAUAUUACCCAUACUUGGAGCGUCGGGAGCAUCGUUUACGUGUUAUAAAUGUUCAUAUGAGAAGCUGUACAAUGUAAACGAGUUCUGGAAUCAGAAAGCAUGUAUGGAUGAUCCUGCAUCGUUAGGGGCAAGUGCCCAUGUAGUCUGUAACUCUACAAGUUAUUGUACAUAUCAAGAAAUGUACGACACAAAUAGAAAGGUAGUCACGAGUUACUUCCGAAGUUGCGGUACCUCUCAAGGUAACAAAUGUAUUCAAGACUGGGAUCACGUGACCUGCUCAGGUUCAUGCAGGGGUAACUUUUGCAACAGAAAUGAAACAGGAACUCACUACCAAAUACAUUUCGGAUAAAGAUAAACAGAAAAAAAUUCAUAUGUAAAAGAAAAAUCUAAAAUAAAAGUGAAAGAAGCAA